UGGUUUUAUUGUUAGAUGAACCAACAUGGGACUUGGAUCCAUUAAACACCUACUUGGUCGUGUCUAUUUUAUCGAACGCCGCCAAGAAAUACGGCACUGCAAUCAUUCUUACAAUGGAGAAACCCCGAUCGGAUGUAUUUCCAUUUUUGGAACGGGUUCUAUACUUAUGCCUCGGCGAUGUCGUUUACACCGGUGGUACAAGGCAAAUGCUGGAGUAUUUCAACGCUAUCGGGUUUCCCUGCCCGCAACUAGAGAAUCCUCUUAUGUAUUAUCUUUGUCUUUCCACUGUGGAUCGAAGGUCAAGGGAAAGGUUCAUGGAAAGUAAUCACCAAAUAUCAACACUUGUGGAAAAAUUCAAAAUUGAAGGUGGCAUCUUCAGAAAGACUUCGACAAUGACUGGUCCCAACCAUACCUCGGAACAUGGAAUACAUAGCAACAAAGUUCCAAUACUCCUUGGAAAGCCUGGAUCUUUUCCAACCGGAUGGAAUAUUUAUCUGUAAGUGAUUAUCGAAUAUUCCAUUGAACCCAAUAUUUCAGUUGUACCUUUUCAAAUCAGUUCGGGUCGUGUCUUCAGAGGUCUGUUGAAAGCUUUGCAGUAGCGUUGAUAUGACUCUGCGUCCUGUCAUAUGGUUCGUGAGUGGUAAGUGACUGUAAAAUAAACGUUUUCGUUUUCAAUGAAAGCAGCAAUCUAAAAAAAAGUGAAUUUCAAUAUUCUAUGUCUUCACUUCACCAUGCAACAGAUUUCUUCAUGAGAACGUAGUUCAUGAACUGGGUUCACUUUUAUGUCCACUCAUCUUCGUAAAGAAAACAAAGCAACAUCGCCUGUGAAUCGCGGAGCGCUCAGCAUCAUCAUUGGCUUUACUAGCAUUCAUGUUUUUCAUCAACAACGUAUCACAAUUAAUAGAAAUGGUACUUCCAGUCUCCUUCAACAAUCUAAUAGAA